UAAUGUGUGCUCCUGACAUGAGCACACUGUCCAGGGGUCUCCACCCCACCCACCCACUGAGAGAGCCCAUGCAAUGCACUCCACACAGCACCAGAGCUGCUGGAGGCGCACCCAGACUGAGAAGAGGGGACCCCUGAGCGCCGCUGGCAGCCGGGCUGGGGGGGCGCAGUGUGGAGCGGCUGGGAGGCUCUCUGCUGGAAGAAGUGGAGCAGCUGAGGCGGAGCUGAGCCUCCUAUGUUUAGCUUCUUCUCUCCAAUCCACGUGGCUGCUGUGGCGAGUAUAUCAGAGUGACUGGGAGGCUGCGUGCUGGGAGAAGCCGAUUAGGGAGGGCAGAGGUGCCGGAGGAUUCCUGUGCAAUCUGCCAGUGCAUGGAGCAGGAGGAGGACCCUGCACGCUGCUGCUGCUGGAGGUGUUACCUGAUUACAGCCAGUUGCAGGGAGUGCACUCUUACUCCGCUGACAGCAGCAGAGAUACAGCGGCUCCCACCCCAGGCACAGUAAGUGCACAACCAAGCCUGAAGCAAAAUAAUUGCUUUGAAUUUAUGAUUAAUGAACCCAAAAAGGUAAAGUUUCAUCGAGAUUCAUCUAUAAACUUGCUACACCUUCUCUGCCCUCUAUUCUGGAAGAAGAAAAGAAGGAUCCAUGUAACCCAAUGAUCCGCCCGCUGCGCUGCCCCGGCAGGUAUAGCUUCUUUGGGAUGAUUCACAGUGUUUCACAUUGCGCCAAACAUAACGCCUUCUAUUGAGGCAAUAAAGGUCAGACGUUAUCGCAGUGUUGCACGACAGUGUCUUCCUCCGCCCGAUGUGUGGCUUGAAAAACUCGCAGGACUACACAAGAGCCUGGAUACGCUAUUCUCAACCAGGAUACAACGUCUUUUUGGAUGCAAUUAAUGGACGUUCUGCUCUUAUGACCACUGUAACCUCCACGGAUUAUAAUUAAAGGAUUUAUGAGACCUUUCUUUUACUCCGUAAAUCGUCAGCUGCCCAAGAAAAGCAGAAACCCUUUCUGGGAAUAUUUGAUGAAAGCACCGACCUAGUCUGAAAGGUAGUACAAAUGUUACCGUAGCUGCACCUCUUUCAGAGACCACUUGAACCCAAGGGAUACAGCGAUCAGCUGCCACGGAACUAGAUAUACAGAUUUGGCCUCGGCGGCAGAGAGCGAAUCAUGGUUGCCUUAAAGAACCGGAAUCUGAAGGUCUUUACACUCACCUUGGCUGUUUUUGCCAUCACCAUCACGUCGUUCCUCCUCAAUUACACCCAGACUUCGGUGCAAUUCUUGUGGAACCCGGAGAAAUAUUUCAGGUACUCUGGUCCUUUCAUGAGAUUCAUGGCGUCUAUGCGGAGACCGUGCAGCUGUGACACCUGCAUUUCCGAGACGGAGGUUUCCGCCUGGUUCGAGGAGCGGUUUAAUAAUUCCAUACCGCCCCUGUUGUCGAGAGAGAACAGCGCCAUAUCGGACAGCACCUACAAGUGGUGGCUGCGUUUGCAAGGUCAAAAGGACCCAAUGGAUGUGAACCAAGCGAUUGAAGAGAUGUUUCAAGUCAUUCCCGGCGAUCACAGCUUGUUGGAUCACAGUCCGUACCGGUGCCGAACAUGUGCCGUGGUGGGGAAUUCCGGCAACCUUAGGGGCUCCCUGUACGGACAUGAUAUCGACUCUCACGAUUUUGUUUUGAGGAUGAACCACGCUCCUACUGAGAAGUACGAGCAGGAUGUGGGGAACAGAACCACUCACCACUUCACGUACCCGGAGAGCGCACGCGGCCUGAAGGAGAAUGUCAGCAUGGUCUUGGUUCCUUUCAAAGUCCUGGAUCUGCAGUGGGUUGUCAGCGCCCUCACGACUGGAACGAUCAACUUUACAUAUGCACCAGUGCCACGCAAAAUCAAGGUCUCCAAAGACAAGAUCCUUGUCUACCACCCAGAGUUCAUGAAGUAUAUAUAUGACAGAUGGCUGCUACAUCACGGCCGUUACCCCUCUACGGGGAUGCUGAGUGUCAUAUUUGCUCUUCAUAUCUGUGACCAGGUGGAUCUGUACGGGUUUGGAGCAGAUAGUAAAGGAUAUUGGCAUCAUUACUGGGAAAACAAUCCGGCCGCUGGAGCUUUUCGGCAAACCGGGGUCCAUGACGGUGACUUUGAGGCAGAAAUUAUAGGAAACCUCACUUCUAUCAAGAAAAUUAAAGUUUACAAAGGCAGAUGACCCCACCCCCAUCGGACACUUGGAUUGAUAGAUUUGCUAUUUAUAUGACUCUCCUUCUGCCAGGAGAUGUUGACAUGGAUAUUUUGUACAGAGGUCGUCGAAAUGACUUCUUUGUUUUUAUGCUAUUCUUAUAGCAUUAUAAUGAGCUUUUUUUUAUAAUGAUACUAUUGACAUUUUAAUUGAAUGAUAAUCGCUUUUGGAGCCACUGUGGGAAAAUGAUGUUCAUGGGCAUCCCAGUACCAGGUUCUUGGUACUUGAGAGCUAAUCAUGCAAGAAUAGGUCUCUUAUGGCCUUGAAAUAACCGCUGGUCAACACUACUCAACCAUAACUCAAACCAUAACCGUUAGGAUGUUAGCCUUCAUUGAAACUGUGAUCACACCGUCCCUUUUUGAAGACCAUCUUGAGAAGAUUACAGAUCUUGUGUCUUUAGCAUUACUGGGACACCCUGGUCAUUCAUUCUUAUUUUUUUCUCAACCUCCCAUCUAAAUGUGGAGAGAGAUUGAAUUGUUAACAUUUUGUCCACAUCCAGUACUUGAGUACCUUGGUCCUUUUAAGACUAAUAGAAUGUUCUUGUCUGUCUUCUACAUCGAAGAUCAGAAUUUUUGUACUCCUUGAGUAGGAUAAAACGUGGAUGGACGUAAAUGGUUUAAAUUAAUGUUUUGUGAGGACCUCUACUCUAUGAUGCGGAACAUUUUUGUAUGGUACCAACACCUAAACAGCUGCUCAUCCGUUGAGUUCGUUUCAUGUUGGAGAUGUGAAAAUCCCUUUUUUUAUCAAGGUUAUGAGCUUUUAUACAGAUUCAUUUUUAGAGGGUAAAUGAAACAACAUUUUUCAAAGUGUGAGGAUCUACGCCAAAUGCAGACUAUAAUAAUGGUAUUUUUGCUUUAAAGUUUUGUUUGUUUACCUCAUCUUAAUUGCUGGACACUGUGUUCAUUAAUUGUUUUGGAGUACCACUGAGGUAUGUAAUGUUGUUGUGUUGUUGUUUUUUUUAAGUGGGACAAUGCAGAGUACAAAUAAUUUAUUGUAGGGCCUUAUUCCCAGAGCCGGCCCUAACCAAUAUGAUGCCCUAGGCAAGAUUUUGGCUGGUGCCCCCAAGCACCGCCGCUAGUUCUGCAGGAGAUGUGUGGCAUGAGUCAGCUGGCAGCUCUGCUAAUGUCGGGUGCCUUUUGUUUAUGAAAAUGCAUCAUAUUAUUUGCAUUAUAUUGUGGCUAGGCUGCACAAGCAGCUUCUGCUGAUUAAAAUGAUAUGCAGCAUGCCUAUA